AAAGCUAACUCAGUACCACCCUUACUGACGGGAGUAGACGGUGACUACUGUCUACCGUUUCAGCCCUCACCUCCAACAACCUCCUUGUCGUCCGUCGUCACCCACCGGACCUCCACCGCACCGCCGUUGAGGGAAGGAGGACCGCCGUCGCAUCACCCUUUUUCUUCACUGCUCUUGUUAAUUAGAAACAAACUGAAGGUGAAGAAAAAGGUGUAUGAGAAUGCCUGAGGUUAGGAUCAUUGCGAAGAACUUCAUGGACAUGGUGGCUUCCAUGCCCUCCAUGAAGCUUGAUAAGCUCUAUGAAAAUGGAUUCAUCUGUGAAGCUAUUCUCAGGUCUCUUCCACCUCUAGCAAAGAAAUAUGUUUUACAGCUCCUGCAUAUUGAUGGGCUGGUGUCAGCUAAAUUAUUGGAGGAGUGGGUGCUUCCAGAUGGAUUUUCAAAGCACAGAGUUGCCAUUGAUAGAUUGGUUCAGUUGAGAGUUUUCAUUGAAGCUGCUGACAGGAAGAAUGAAAAGACUUACAAAGUUAAUCCAACAUUUCAGAGAAGUCUCCAGAAACUUUUACUACAUGGUGGAACUUUGCCAAGGGAAUCAAUGCCUUCUAAUAUCACUGUGAGACUACCAACCUUAGAAGAUCUUGAGGCUUAUGCUCUAGAACAAUGGGAGCGUUUCUUGCUGCAACUUAUAAGCCCAAGUCAUGCUGAAAAAUCCUUAAAUAUAAGUUCUUCUUUGAUGAAAGUUUUCCAGCGGCGUCUCGUGAGUCAAAGAGAUAGAGAAGCUCCAAAAUUGACUGAAAGUGGUUUCCAGUUUUUGCUGAUGGAUACAAAUGCACAGCUUUGGUACAUCAUCAGAGAAUAUAUAUCUAAUUCUGAGGAGAGAGGUGUUGAGGCCGCUGACUUGAUCUCUUUCAUGCUAGAGCUUAGUUUUCAUGUCAUUGGGGAGGCGUAUAAUAUAAACACAUUGACCGAUUUUCAGAGGAACAUAAUUAAGGACCUAGCAGACCUUGGACUGGUUAAACUUCAACAGGGAAGGAAAGAAAGUUGGUUUAUACCUACAAAAUUGGCCACCAAUCUUUCAGUGAGCUUGGCUGACUCAUCAUCUAGAAAAGAGGGAUUUGUGGUUGUGGAAACCAAUUUUAGAGUUUACGCUUACUCAACUUCGAAAUUACAUUGUGAGAUAUUGCGGCUAUUCUCAAGGGUAGAGUAUCAACUUCCAAAUCUUAUUGUUGGAGCUAUUACAAAAGAAAGCUUGUAUAAUGCUUUUGAAAAUGGCAUUACAGCAGAUCAGAUAAUCAGUUUCCUUCAGCAGAAUUCUCAUCCUCGCGUUGCAGAGAGGAUACCAUCUGUGCCUGAAAAUGUCACUGAUCAGAUUAGGCUGUGGGAAGCUGAUCUGAACAGAGUUGAGAUGAACGAUGCAUAUUAUUACGACGAGUUCCCUUCUAGGGAUGUAUUUGAAGGUGCAUGUGACUGUGCCAGGGAAUGGAAUGGUAUGUUAUGGGAAGAUUCAAAGAAGAUGCUUAUGGUGGUCAAGGCUGAGGUACAUACAUACGUGCGAGAUUAUUUGCGCAGCCAAAAGUAGCAGGAAAGGAAGAACAUCGGAUGCAUUCUGGUCCUACCAAUGUGCAAUGGAGAACCUGGAACAAAAAUGCUUUAUCUUGAGCUUCUUUGAAAGGAAACAGGAUGAAAGAAGCAAUGUGGCCACAGUUGGCAGCCACAUCUUUUUGAUGUUUCAUAUACUCUUCCCUUCUAUGAAUAUUUUUUAAUCUUUUUUAAUGAGGGGGCUGGCUAUUGUUUUAAAUUAUUUUGAUGCUUUGAAGCUUUUAUAUUUAUUGUAUUUAUUAAAAUAAUUAUAAUUUGUUGUGGUCGAAAUAUUAAGCUUAUAAUCACAAAUCUAAGUCAACAACUUUCUUCAAUAAAACUAUGUAAGCCAUUGGCA